AUGUGUGCAAAUGGAAGCAAUGUGAGAAUGAUUGAUCUAAGCCACAAUCAGUUCCAAGGACGUUUACCACAAAUGUUGGCCAAUUGUAUGAUGCUUCAAGUUCUCAAUCUUGGGAAUAAUCGAUUCAGUGAUGUUUUCCCUUCAUGGUUAGGGACUCUUCUGAACUUAAGAUUUGAAGGAUCAAUUCCACACAGCAUCGGAAUCUUACAAAGGCUUCAUGUGCUCAAUCUUUCCAACAACAUUUUCAAUGGUAAAAUCCCAUCAUCCUUGGGAAACAUAACAGAGCUAGAAUCACUUGAUCUCUCCAACAACAAGCUUUCAGGACAGAUCCCUCCACAACUUGCACAACUGACAUUUCUUGAAGUCUUUGAGGUUUCUCAUAACCAUCUCACUGGACCUAUACCCCAAAUGAACCAACUUAGCACGUUUGAUGUCGGUUCAUACGAGGGGAACUUGGGAUUAUGCGGGAAUCCAUUGCCAAGAAAAUGUGAAAGUUCAGUACCACCUUCAGGUUUAGAAGAAGAACAAGUUUCAAAAUCUACAUUAGAGUUUCAUUGGAUGACAGUUGUGCCAGGAUAUGUGAGUGGACUAGUAAUUGGAAUGGUUAUUGGGCAAUUUUUUGCACCGCAGAAGCAUGAUUGGUUUGUGAAGACUUUUGGGCAGCGGAAACAAAAAGGCAGAAGGAGGAAGAGGAAUCCGUGGAGAAAUUGA